UCAACCAACUUUCAUAUCGAGAAAACAAAAAGAUGUACAUGAUCAUUGGAAUAACCAUAGGAACAGCUAUUGUAGCCAUCAUCGCAUCAGUUGUUGUUGUUGUUGUUGUAAAGAAGAAACGUAAUUCUGACCCAACAAUAAAUGACACUCAAGCAGAUAAUAGACCCGGAAUGGACCCGGAAAGACGAGGAAAUCGAACGAGUACGAGUCAGGUGUAUAUAAAUGUUGUGGAAAUAGAAUGGAGAUUGUCAAAUACUGACGCAGGUGGAACUGGCGUGGGAUACUAUUCAUUAAUUGAUCAUCCUGGCAGACACGACAAUAACAUUUACGACAAUAUAGAAUAAAUUUAUUUGCGAAAGACAUUUCCUUUCAUCUAUAUAAUGGCUAUUGAAGUGUAUAAACAAAAAGAAUUUGUUUGCCAUGGUUUAGGACUUCGAUUAAUUAUCGUCAUUUUUAUCAUAGACCUAGUAUGUACAAAGUCAUAGAUAUGCUUAAGUCGAACAUCAAAUUAGUUCUGCACAAUCUUAGCAAAAUUAUUUAUUUAGCCCAAAUAAAAAGAAAUGAUUUAUUGAAUUCAUAUAUUAGACUAUAACAAGGUUCAUUAUAUUCACUGUUAGACACUUUAUUAGUGAAAAAUUGCUGUUAUACAAUAUCUAAUUCAUAUUUAUUAGAGCUUAUUCUCCAUAAUGUAUAAACUGAAACAUUUAUUAUACUAUUACAUUUCAAUACCAACCGUGACAAAAAGUUUCUAUAUAUUACAAGUUGAUGUAAAACGAGAUACAUGUAAAUGUAUAAGUCAAAUAAAAUUUUCUUCUUCUUCUUCUUCUUCUUCUUCUUCUUCUUCAUAUCUACCAAUAUAACUUGUUUGAUAAGGUAAAAAUCAAGGUAAAUAGUGUUAGUAUUGGUGAACGUCACUGUCAGCUACAUAUUUGCAUUUUAUCUACAAUAUAAGAACAUUCUAUGCUCUUGUUUAUAUUCUUGACACUCAAACAACUACAUGUAUAUGUCUUUUUGCCAUUUUCAUUUAGUUGAUAGGGUGUAAUAAGUCAAGAUCAAGACUAUUAUUGUUUUGUUUUUUUUUUUUUUUGUUUUUUUUUUUUAGUUUGGAACGGUUCCAUGACGACAUAAAAGUUGUGUGAUUGGGUCUUUCAGUCGUAAAAUGACAAAAAAUAUUUUGAUUUAAUACAUAUUUCAUAUUUGUAUCUACAUUCAUGUUCACAUAAUACACAUGCGAUUAGUUUGAGUAUUUGGGCUACUGAAGAGAUAAUUUGCCAUUGCAAUCCUUAUUUUUCAUUAUUUUCACUGUUGCUAGUCUUUCACUAGAUAAUAUUUUUCUUGUCAGUUUGCGGUUUUUUCCCAUCAAAAUGAAUUGACUUCUUGCAACCAUAUUCAAACUGAUCAACACUUAUUGCUUUGAUUCCAAGACUUUUAUUUCACAACAAGUUUCUGUAACACGUGUUGGGUAAUCACAAAUGUGAUGAGUCGGCUUAUCAGUGACAUUAAGCCCUUGUAAAUGAGUGUUUGAAAUGUCAGGGAUUUCGGUAAUAUUUUCUAAACUUUUUCGAAAUUGACUGUGUUGUUGUUGUGUG